AAGCAGUUCGGCUUCCUGGCUUGCUCGCUCGGACUUGCGGGCUGGGACUGUAGGAUUACCUGUCCCGAGCGGCGACCUGCCCUUCUCCACGUGCCCGCGGUCGCAGCAUGCCUCCCAGGAUCCCAGGACCUCCGGCCAGGUUGGCUUAGAGAAGACGCGGCCUCCACGCGUGGGCUCCGGGCUCAUUAGCCCGCAACUCCAUCGGUGGGAAACGGCCGGGCUGAGCCGCGGGGAGCAGCCAGCUAGAGCCUUGUAGGCCUUCGGGCCCGGCCCUGGAGGAGGAUGAGCUGGCUCUUUCCGCUGACCAAGAGCGCCUCCUCCUCCGCAGCUGGGACCCCCAGUGGCCUCACCAGCCUUCAGCAGCAGAAGCAGCGUCUGAUCGAAUCUCUACGGAACUCUCACUCCAGUAUAGCUGAAAUACAGAAAGAUGUGGAAUACAGAUUACCAUUCACCGUAAACAACUUGACAAUUAACAUUAAUAUAUUGCUUCCUCCUCAAUUUCCUCAGGAAAAACCAGUAAUCAGUGUUUAUCCUCCAAUACGACAUCACCUAAUGGAUAAGCAAGGAGUGUAUGUUACCUGUCCAUUAGUAAACAAUUUUACAAUGCACUCGGAUCUUGGAAAAAUUAUUCAGAGUUUAUUGGAUGAAUUUUGGAAGAACCCUCCAGUUUUGGCUCCUGCUUCAACCGCAUUUCCAUACUUGUAUAGUAACCCAGGUGGACUGCCUCCUUAUGCUUCUCAGGGUUUUUCAUUUCUCCCUCCACACCCGCCACAAGAAGCUAACAGGACUAUUUCUGCGGUGUCUGUUGCUGACACUGUUUCUUCAACCACAAGUUAUGCUACAGCCAAAUCUGCCGUUCCUUCAUUUGGCAUCCUUUCGAGUCUGCCAUUGCCCAUUCCAGUGACAGAAACUUCAGCACCGAUCAGCCAAAAUUGUGUUGCCUAUAAGAUGCCAGAGGUCCCGGAUGUGUUUCCAGAACUCUCAGAACUAAGUGUGUCCCAACUCACAGAUCUGAAUGAACAAGAGGAGCUAUUGCUAGAGCAGUUUCUGACUUUGCCUCAACUAAAGCAAAUCCUUACUGACAAGGGUGACCUCGUACACAGUAUUGAGGAGCUGGCAAGGAAAAACCUCCUUUUGGAGCCCAGUUUGGAAGCCAAAAGGCAAACUGUCUUAGAGAAGUAUGAAUUACUUACACAAAUGAAAUCUAGUUUUGAAAAGAAGAUGCAAAGGCAGCAUGAACUUAGUGAGAGCUGUAGUGCAAGCGCCCUGCAGGCCAGGUUGAAAGUAGCUGCACAUGAAGCUGAGGAAGAAUCCGAUAAUAUCGCUGAAGACUUCUUGGAGGGAAAAACUGAAAUAGAUGAUUUUCUCAGUAGCUUCAUGGAAAAGAGAACUAUUUGCCACUGUAGACGAGCCAAAGAAGAGAAGCUUCAACAGGCAAUAGCAAUGCAUAGCCAAUUUCAUGCCCCACUAUAGAUUUUUUGAAAACAUGAACUACCAAGAGAGGAAUGGGACAAAACAACUCAACACAUUGUUUUAUGCUCAAGAUUCACAAAUUGGCAUUUCAUCCCAGCGGCUGAAUUUUUAGACUAAUGACAUAGAUUGUAUAUAGAACAGACUGAUUUUGUACAGGUUAGAAUGAUUGCUGUAAUCUUUGAAAUUUUUUCUGCACUCUUUGCACUGAAAAUGUUUAUUUAUUACUGAUAAAUCCUAGCCUAUUUGGGUUUCACUGCCAUACCUCUCUUAUUAGAAAUUAAAUACCUAUGCAUGUUAUUUUAGCUAGGUUUCAAUAUUUUAUAAAAUUAUCUCAUUUAAAUUUGUGUUUUUUAUUUUAAAACCCCUCAUUUCUGUAUCAAGAAUGAUUUGUCAUUUAGAUUUUUCCCUCGUGGGUUUUUCUUUCGAAAGUUUCUGGAUGCACUUUGAAAAGAGUUUGUUUUGAAAUAUCCAGAGGGUCAGGAAACACUAACCUUGCCAGUGUGCUGUCUCAAAGAAAUUAACUUUUAGUAAGUACAAUAAACCUAAAGGAUAAGAUACUUGUUCUUAUAUAGUGUUUUAUUUUUAAAACAGAAUAUGUAUUUUAAAAGCAAUAUAGGUAUAAAUGGAUAUUAUACCUAAUAGGGAAAUAAAAACACCUGCCUUUCACUUAAACUAGUAAAACACAAACUUUUAUGUUGUCUUAUUUUGUAAGAAAAAUAUUUCAUAAGUUUGUGGUUGGAUAAGGAAAGAUGCUUUCUAAAUUCCUAUUGUUAAAGUUAAUAGCUUUCUUUUUUUUCAGUAAAUAAUCAAUCUAGAUAUAAGAAAGUUAAUGAGUUUUUUUGUCCUUGUACUGUGAGUUAACAUUUCAUAGGAGAAAGCUAUUGUAACAAGUUAAAUUAAGAUAUUCUUAGGAAUCCUAAUUUAAUGAGUUUAAUGGAAUCUCUGUCUAGUACUUUAUACAAUAAUGUGUUUCUAAGUAUCACAGAUUGAAAACACUUAACGUUUAUUCUUAAAAGCUAAUAAAGGAGAGAAUCUUAACAAAUGAGAAAAAUCAGAAAAUAUUUCUAAGGCUUAGGAAUGUAGUGUCUAAAAUCACAAGACAAACUGAAGCGUAUUUUUAUUUAAACUUCAUCCCAAUGUGAUUGUCAUUCUAAACACCAGCAUACAGUAUAGUUUACCUUCUCUUUAUUCUGCUGUUGUUCUUAUCCAUGUUUUUGGGAUUAGAACUUUAAAAAUACAAAAUUAUUUUUUUACACUUAAAAGAACUUCUAGUUUAUGUGUGUGGAAAAUUAAGUAUUCACAGAAACAAUAAAGAUACAAUGUUGGAUCAAAGAUUAGCAUUUAUUCAUCACCUGUCUAGACUCCUGGCACUACUAAGGACUUGUUGCUUACCCUUCAGGAUGACUGUGUGAGGGGGGCGUAGUUAUUUACCAUUCCUGAUGUACAGGUGAGGUCAGAAUGUUUGGAGCUGUGGCAGAGCCCUCUGGGUCUUCAGAGAGCUUUAGAUAGCACUGGCUAUCAGAGCUUCAGUUUUACAAAGCUCGUUGUUUGCAAACAGUCAUGGAGCUUUUUUAGAAACCAAAUCUGGCCAAUAACAGACCAGCAGACCAAACCAGUUUUAUUAAGCACCCACAGACUAAUUAAUUAAGCCUCAUCUAUACAACCAACAUUGUACAUCUCGAUGACGUCAUGCCUUAUCCCAGCUUCACGCUAAACACAGCUUGGUCUCUCCUUCUUAAAUGAAAGGAGUAGAUAUUUCAUCACAAUCCAGUCAUACAGGUAGUUUAAAUCACACGAGAUGGAAAAAGUCUACCUUUGAAUUCGGGUUCUGCUUUUAUAGUAGAUACUUUAGAAGCUAUCAUUUUUAUAACUAUGACUGUUUUCAUAAAAUUAGUCAUAUGGCAGAAACAAUGCCAAAGGAAAAGAGAAAUGCCUAUCAAAGCAAAGAUUCUGAUUUUAUUUUAACAACUAAGAGAAGACUAAAUGGAAAUCUAAAUGUAGAGGAAAGAGUGGGGGUUAUUAGCCAGUUCAAGGUGGUAGUUUGUUAUGGAUAGACAUUAAAACAUCUCAAAACAGAAGAAAUUCCAUAUCAAUGAGGUACAUACUGAAGGAUGUGUCCAGGAUGGAAGACAUUUCUGUGAUAAGUAGAGAAUUACUAUUGGGAUACAGGUUGAUUUGACAAGUAAGCGUAAUCAUAUUUCAUAUAUUCUCAAGUUGAAGGGGAAGAAAUUAAAUUUCCCCUAGAGUGCCCUGAAGGCAUAAAAAUGCUUUUUAAGAUUUCCCCUCUUUUUCCAUACUUUCACUUAAAUUCUUUAGGAAGUUUCAUUCUUGAUUAGGAACAUUAGGUAAGUGAAUAUAAUAAAAUUUUAAUCCAUUUUUAUAGUGUCUAAUAUCUAAAUAUCACUAAAUAAUAAAUCAUCUGAGCUCUGAAAAUUACUAGCUACUUUGGUCAAUUCUGAAAUUUCUUUAUACCACUUGCCCUAAAUAAGCACUUUCUGAUUGACCUUUGAUUUAAAACUAUAAUGUACCCUUAGAUUCAUGUUAGACUGACCAUGUUCUUUUAAGGCCUUCUGAAAGCAAAACAAGUUUUGAUCAGCAAUAAUCAUAACCUUUUUAAAAAUCAAUUUCAGCCUCAGGUCACCCUCCUAAAAGAAGUCUAAAUAAAUAUAUACUUAUAAUGUCUUGUAACAACUUGGGACAACCAAUGAAAAGUUAUGGCUCUGAUGUAGAAGAUGCCACAUUAAAGAAUUAAAAUUUAAGAUAUCAAAUAUUUAUACUGGUUUUUAAAAAAAAUAAAUGUAUAAUCCUGUUUGGCA